AUGGAUGCCGAUCUAUCAUCACCAAUAAUUGUUGCAUACCAAGUGGUUCGUAACAGCAUAACACAGAAAACAAUGGACGUGAACACAAUUCUAUCGUGCAAGAUGGGUGAAAUACCAAUGCUGCAACUAGCCAUCUUCUUAGAUGAUAAUCAAUUCAUUACGUAUCUUCUAAGCCACGGUGUUGAUACCAACCAGACAAGCAAGUGCUGGGGAACUGCACUGCACCAGGCAGUGAAAAUGCAGAAGUAUAAAUUGGUGAAAAAAUUAGUUAAAGCCGGUGUCAAUCUUACCGCCUGUGAUCCACGAAACCGUGAUUUCACACCUCUUCACAUCGCCAUUGAAGAUAAUUGCUACAAAAUAGCCAAAAUUCUCGUCAAUUACGGAGCUGAUGUUGAAGUUUUGUCGACCAUCAAGAAUGAUUUCGGAGACUCACUUCUACAAAUCGCCUUAAAGAGCAAGGACGAGAAAAUGAUUAACUUGCUACUGAAAAAUAUUAGAGGCUCAAGAAAAAAACUCACCUGUCGAGCACUUAAAUUAUUGAUGAAGGGUUUUUGA